ACUACCUUCCACCAUGGCGGCGAUGGCGGCUUGAGUUAUUCGACGAUGAAGCAGUUAUUUCAAAGGCAGUUUAUCUGUCGAUUAGUUACUCGGCAUUUUCGAGCUCUACACAGUCAGAGUGCAAAAGUGGCGUCUCGCAAUUUGACAGAAGGUAUUGUGCCUUUACAUCGAUGCGCAUAGCUCGUCAUGAUGAAGUUUGUACGCCAUGUGAUAUACUUUGUAUGAUCGACUGAACAUCUCAACAUGUGACGUUGUUCGAGACUAUAUCUUUACCCUUUUGACGCAUAUACCCUCUUAGGUAUUGGCGGCCAUUUAUUCGGGUAGUGAGCUCAUAAACUUACAGAAAUCGCUUUCUUUUCUGGAUUAGGGAGGGUUACUUGUUCAAUGUUUUCUAAAAAGUAAUCUUGAUGAUGUACAAUAUGAACUUACAUAAUCGAUUUAAAGGCAGACUUACUGUCAUUGUAUAGCUUUCUGCGUACACUUGUCAUCGGUAUGUAAAUUAUAACUUAUGAUUUCAUCACAAGGCGGUUACUGAUCCUUUCUACCUUUUCCUCCCCUAUCAAAUCUUUUUACAUUUAAAAAAUUGCCUGAAAUAAAUUAGACUUAAGACGAUAAUUUCUUUAGCUGGGCUUAUGGAAAGCUGUCGAGUAGUAUGAAAACAAUGUUUGAGUUGAGUUCAUUGCUGUAUUUUAAAGCUGGCGAUAAUUUAUGUUGCCUAUGACCCUCUGUAUCAGCAGAUGAAUCUUGGUUGACCGUUUGAUUGGUUCUGAUUCUGCCUUGAUCUCUUUACAGCUUUCAUGUUCAUUGCAGUGUGUACUCUAGAUUUUUACAUCGCAAGGUCUUUGAAGCCUUUUUCUGUUUUGGCCAUUUCAUAUGGUUUGGUCUCAAUUGGCAGUGAUAUUGUGCAAUUAUUGAAUUAAGUUGACGAUGAUAUCAUGAUUUAUCAAAGCUGAAGUCUGAGGAAGCAACUUCACAUGCUAUUGUGCAUUGCCUGAAUGCUCUCAUGAUUGACCAAUCAGAUUUUUUGUAAGUCUUAUGAAUAGUAAUACUUCAGUAGUUGAUUAAAAUUAAACCAUCAUUAAGCUGAUAAGUAAAGCAUUCAGCUGAUUCAGUGAAUAACAAAAGAAACACUCAAUGAGUCUAAUUAUGUAUCUACAACCUGGAGCCAGCUUUGCACAACAAUUUAUAACCAAAAUUUCAAGAACUUUAAUUGAAGUUGAAAACCAAUAACUAAAGUUUGGGCUUUCUUCCAAAAUUUCCAUGAAUCUGACAUUCCUUAAGCUUUGUCAGCAUACAAACAAUACUGUGUUCAUUAUGUAACUUCAUUAUCAUUCUUGUUUUGCUAUGUGUUUUCAGAUUUGGGAACUGGAACAUCAGCAACAUUAGUGACCAACAGUGAGGCAUAUUUCACCAAAAGUUUUCCUCUAUUUGGUACUGUUCCCUUUUUACUUCAGAGACCAAAUUCAUAUAUUCUAAACAUAACCAGUGAUGGGAGAGUUUUCCCAGAUGGAAACCCUGGAUGUGAUGCAAUAUUGCCUGAGAUUCCAAAGAAAAGAAUUGGAGAAUUGAUUUUUCCACAUCAUUCAAGGAUCAUCAGAACAAUCAUCAGGGAUCAUGACACACAUGAACUGACAAUUGGUGAUGACACACAAAAUACCAAAACCUUACAGUGCAAGAGAUUUAAGGGCAUUCGUAAGAUACGUCGUAAGAAGAUGAAUAAGCACAAGUACAGAAAAAGAAGGAAGCGAGACUUAUUCAAACGUAGGCACAUAAAAGUUUUUAGGGAAAAAAGGAAAGAAAAAAGGAAGGAAGAAGAGCAGAAGGCUGAGCUGGAGGCCCAGGAACUCAACAAGAAUGAAGACAUCAUUUAAAUUAAGCACUCAAGCUCAAAAUUAUUUUCUUUGAAACAAUUUCUUGCACUGGUUAUUUAGAAAAUGUUUGUUGUUUCAAACUCCAGAGGAUGGAAUCUGAUUUUUCUUUUCUUAUGAAUUUGUAUUUCUGUUUGCUCUGAUUUUGAUUGGUAUCUGUGC